AUGACUGUCAAUAAGGAAAAUAAUUCACCACCAAUUGAUUCACAUCAACAAACACCAACAUACCAUGAUUAUCAUCAUCAUGAGUCUUCAUUUGAUCAAAAUCAAUUAGUUACUACGAACAAUUCAAAUCAAGCACCACCAUUCAAUUAUUCUUCUCCUCAUAUAUCCAAUCAUUGUCAUCUGUCUAAUUCAUUUAAAAAUCAACCAAUCAAAUUUGAUCAAAAUUCAAUUCAAUCAUCAUUUUCAAUAUGUCAAAAACUAUUAGAAGCUGGUAAAAAAUCUGGUCAAUUUACAAAACGUUUAACAAGAUAUUAUCGUUAUGAAAAUAUGAUAUUAAAUCGUUCAUAUAUGACUAUUCGAUCUCAGCUUGAAAGCCAUCAUCAUCGUCGUCAUCAUCUGGACAGUAAUAAUAAUAACCUAACCGAUCUAGAUCCGAUGAUCGAUGAAGAAGAAUUCAUUGAAGCCUAUGCUAAUUCUGAUGAUGAUGACGACGACGAUGAGUAUAGUACUGAUAAUUCAUCUAUCUCUGGUUCAUCCUCCUCAAAUGAUGAAUCGUCGAAGAAAUCCCAUCCCACUGCUGCUACUACUACAACUAAUACCCUAUUAGAAACAUCUGGUCAAGCUGGUAUUAACGCUGCACGUAGAACAUGGAAAUCUAUGGCGAAAAUGUAUAAACUUCAAAAGAAAUCGAAAAUUGAAUCGGAAGAAUUACAGCGUGCAUCUCAAACAAUCGGUUGGGGUAUUAACACAUUGAAUAAUGACACAACUAGUGCCAACAAUGAUCAUGAUAAUGAAAAUAACGCUGAAAAUGUUCACGAUGAUAAUGAUGAUGACGCUGAUGCUGAUGAACAAGAGAUUAAUCGUUAUGAACAACCAAUUAAAACAAAAUAUGCUAAAAUUGAACAAUUGAAAAAAGCGAAUCGAUUAAAACAAAAGAGGCGAUGA